AGGCAAUGGCUAUCGUACAUUGUCAGUCAGCAGGAUGGCUACUGGAUCACCUGUUCUUCAUAAACAAGUCUGGCUACCAGUUGUGCCACUUCCAUGAACACCCUCCCAGAGACUUUAUUGAUGCUCCUUCUGCUGCUGCUUCCUCAGAUAAAGAUCCUAUUGUGGCUGCUACCCAAGUGACUUCAAAUCCUUGCAGGAAAAAGUCUGUGUUUGAGCUUGAAGCUGCAGGGAAGAAAUCAGGUGAAAUGCCAAAGAAGACAUACUUGUUCAGGGAAGAAUUUUUUAAUGUGUUUAAGCCCCACGUAGCUGCAGAUUUUCAAAAGGAACUUCAGCAACUGAGCUCUGAGGCUGGACUAGAAGACAAAGGAUCGGAACAGCAGGAAGGAGCUCAGAGUGUCACCUCGCAUUCUGAAGCUGCUAAAAAGAAACGAAAAAGAAGAAGCAGUGCCUUAAAUCAUGGUGAACGUGAUGCUUUAGAAUAUCAUUUCAAGAUAAGCAACGUGAUUUCCGAGGGUACCAGAAGUUUAGUCCAGGAGGGGCUCAAAAGUGGCUUUCUCCAGCCCAGUUCUGCAAAACCAGUCUGUUCCAGGACUCUUGAUACAAGACACAGUGAUUGUGGCUUGGCUGAAUUAUGUGAGAUGGCAAAACAGUAUUCAUCUGUGAAUGAAACAGAGCAAAGAACUGUAUGCAAGAUAAAUGAAGAAGCCUCUGUGCCAGAACAGGUCCAGCUUUCCUGUGUUACAGAAAAUGUCACAAAUGAUACAAAAUUAAUAACAUUAAUGGGACAUAACUAUUUAUUUCCACCCCAAAGCAGUUUUCUUUUGUCUGAUAUUUCUUGUAUGCAGCCCCUUUUGAAUUAUGAUAAAAAAUUUGGCGUAAUUGUGAUAGAUCCACCAUGGGAGAACAAAUCUGUUAAAAGAAGUAAUCGGUAUAGCUACUUGCCACCAUGGCAAAUCAAGCAACUUCCUGUGCCAGCCCUGGCAGCCCCAGAGUGCCUUGUGGUCACAUGGGUGACUAACAGACAGAAGCAUCUCCGUUUUGUAAAGGAUGAACUUUAUCCCCAUUGGGCGGUGCAUGGAGUGGUAGAGUGGUACUGGGUGAAGAUUACAAGGUCUGGAGAGUUUGUGUUUCCAUUGGACUCUUCUCACAAGAAGCCUUACGAAAUUCUCGUAUUGGGCAGACUCCAAGGAAGUACAGAUAUGCCAUUAAGAAUAUCGGAAGAUGAAGCACUUCCAAUUCCAGACCAUAAAUUAAUUGUGAGUGUGCCUUGUACUCUUCAUUCACAUAAGCCUCCUCUUACAGGUAGCACACCUGUCAUCGACUACAGCCCAUGCUUUCUCUUUGGUUGCUCUUGCUUUAUGGAUUGGGCUUCCCAAGGAGAUGGGAGGGGAAACACCUUUUUAAAAUUUCAGGAGUUUCUGUAA